CAGCUCUGUCCGUAACCCAAGGGGUGUCAGCGGGUCGCAGAUGCUGGAGCACGGGAUCGCGAGGGCUGGAUCAGGACCCGGCAGCGGCAUCGGGAGCCCAGACGACGCAGCCCCGGCUGUAGGCAGCGCCAUGGAGCCAGGCAGCGUGGAGAACCUGUCCAUCGUGUACCGCAGCCAGGACUUCCUAGUGGUCAACAAACACUGGGACGUACGAAUCGACAGCAAGACGUGGCGGGAGACGGUGACGCUGCAGAAGCAGCUGCGCUACCGCUUCCCAGAGCUAGCCGACCCCGACACCUACUACGGCUUCAGGGUCACCAAGGCUUACCUGGCACUGGUGCGGGGGCACGUCCAGGAGAGCCGCAUGACCAUCAGCUAUGCCAUCGGGAAGAGCAGCGCGGAAGGCCGCUCUCACACCAUGUGCAUAGAGGGCACGCCAGGCUGUGAGAACCCGAAGCCCAGCCUGACAGAGCUGAUGGUCCUAGAGCACGGGCUGUACUCGGGGGACCCUGUCUCCAAGGUUCUGCUGCAGCCGCUCACAGGGCGGACCCACCAACUUCGCGUGCACUGCAGCGCCCAGGGCCACCCAGUGGUGGGUGACUUGACCUACGGACGGGGCGGCGGCUGGGAGGAGCAGCCCUUCCGGAUGAUGCUGCAUGCACUGUACCUGCGGGUGCCCACCGACGUAGAGCGUGUGGAGGCCUGCACACCCGACCCCUUCGUGCCCGCGCUGGAUGCGUGCUGGAGCCCACACACCCUUGUGCGCCCCCUCAACCAGCUCAUCCUGGCCCUGCGGGCAGCGCCGGAUCCUGAACCAGCGGCCAGUGGUCCCCGCCCCCACAGCCCUGAGGCGACCCGCCCUACAGCCCCUGAGACGGAAGCCCAACGGGCAUCGUGCCUGCAGUGGCUAUUGGAGUGGGCACUGGAGCCAGACAGCUGAGCAGGCAGCCAGUCAGGGUGGUGGCAGCUGGGACCCAUCCCAAGAAGGCAGGUGGCUACCCCAGAGGACAUGCAGGUAGCUGCCAGCUGCCCAUCACAGACAGGGCUGAGCCCUGCCAGGGGAUGGCCGGCAGGAGAAAUGAGUCUUAUGGCUGCCUGAGUCCCUACCCCAGGGCCCUGGACUCAGACAGGGCAGAACUGGGACUGAUCCCAUGGCCACCCAGCAAGACAGGGUACAGUGGGCCCAGGUCCCCAGCUACCACCGCACCUGCCCCUUGGGAGCCACUUGUUUUGGGCUGCCCCUCCCACCACCUCAGGCCCUGCCUACCGACUGGCCCUGCUCUGUGCCUUUGCUUCCUCGGGCUCUGCCUGGGCCCCCAGCUGCUCCCCACCCCACUGCACAUCACCACGGGGCUGCUGCUCCCCUGGGAGCCUUCGGAGGCCCAGCCUGCUGCCAGCUCUGCCCACUCCCACCCAGCCCGCCAGACUCCGUCCCUGUCUUCCUGUAAUGUGCCAACCGCAGCUGAGCUCCGGGGAUUAAAGAAACUCACUGAGA